CUGGGUUACAUUGCGCCUGUGCGGUGUCCGCGCGGUUCCGGGUCCAGCUUUUGGUUCUCAGUUCGCAGAGAGAUUGAGGCUCGGAGCUGGAGCAACAGUCACCGGACCCACAGGAAACCUGUUUCCCUUCCUUGGACUCUCUGUGAAAAACCUGGCCUCCGGUUAUUGGCAGUUUCCCUGAAACCCCCAAUUUUUCCUGCAAGGGGGAUCAAGGCGACAUUUAAGACUGGAGUGGGUGGGGCAGUGACGGUUCUGGUCCUGGGUUGCAGGUGAGGACGUGCAGAUUUAGAGGUACGGACAAGGUCGUUCUGCUGUGGCUGCGUUGGCGCCGGCAUUCGAACCCCAGCUUCAGCCCUGAGAGGGCUUGUGGAGCUGAGAUGACCCACUCUUUGGUUUGUGCAGAGACAGUGAGCAGGGUGAGUUCGGUGUUGAAUCGUAACACCCGGCAGUUUGGAAAGAAGCAUCUGUUCGACCAGGACGAGGAAACGUGCUGGAACUCGGACCAGGGCCCCUCCCAGUGGGUGAUACUAGAGUUUCCCCAGCGCAUUCGUGUCUCCCAGCUGCAGAUCCAGUUCCAGGGAGGCUUCUCCAGUCGCCGCGGCUGCCUGGAAGGUUCCCAGGGGAGUGAGGCUUUCAACAAGAUUGUGGACUUCUACCCUGAGGACAACAACUCACUUCAGAUAUCCUGCCCAAGCCUCUGGGUGGGUCUGUGCCUCUGAAAGUUGCAGUCCCUGUGUUGACCUUGAGCAAGUGGUCUCUAGGCUUGUAUUGCUUCAUCUGUGAAAUAGGCUGAUGAUAACC